CAAUAAUCUAUUUUACCAGAUGCGAUGUUACACCGUAUUUAUGGUAUAAAUGCAAUUUUCUACCUAUUGCAUAUUUUUUUGUAAAAAAUUUAAUGUAUAUAACAAAUAUUAAAGUUUUAGUGUAUUAUAUUUAGAAUUUGCAUUAAAGAUAUUUAUCUUAUUUCAUUAUGCAUAUACAAGAGAUUUUUAAGUCAGAAUUAAAGCAUGUAUUAAAUUAUAAUGAUGAAACUUCAGAAAAAAUAGAAUUUUUGACUUGUGAAAAUACAAAUCAAAUCUCUCCUUUCAAACUGCAAUUGGAGGAAAAUAUAUUUAAAAAUCUUUUCUACAAUCAAUUUAAAAAAUUUGUUCAAUUUCUUACAAAUGUAUUUUUACCUAAAGGAUAUCCAGAAUCAGUGAGUCCUGAUUACCUAUCCUACCAGAUUUGGGAUUCAGUUCAAGCUUUUUGUAGUUCUAUCUGUGGAACAUUAUCAACUAGAGCAGUUUUAACUGGAUUAGGAGUUGGAGAUCCAUUUGCCACACCAUUGGGUGCUACUUUUAAUUGGAUUAUCAAAAAUGGAGCAGGUAUGUUGGGGGGAAUAUCAUUUGCUGUAUUUGCUGGAGAAAGGCUUGACUCAAAUUUGAAACAAUGGAGACUUUUUGCUGAUUUUGUCAAUGAUGCUGCACUGGCCCUAGAGAUGAUGACUCCUUUUUUUGUUUCCUCAUUAUUAUUAUCAAAAAUAUGGAUUUUUUUAAAGCAUAUAAAUUAUCUAGCCUUUAAUUUUCUGCUUAGGUAUCCCAUUUUGGUUAUUCUCCAAGCCAUAGCCUAUAUAGCUACUAAUACCUGCUUAGCCUAUAGAUAUGGAAGUGGUGAUAAUUGCACAUUUUUACAACUCCAACUGCAGAAAUUAAGUGAUUCAAGAAAACUUAUGUCAUUUAACCCUACCAACAUCACAUCUCCCUCUAUGGACAAUGUAUUAGGACCCCGAAGCAUAAUAAACUGGCCUCUCAUAACCUUGUUAUGCUUUUCUAGUGUUGCUCAAGCAUGUGUGGGAGUUGCAGGUUCAGCUACCCGUGCUGCUCUUGUACAACAUCAGUCUAGGGCCUCUAAUAUUGCUGAUGUUGCAGCCAAAGAUAGUAGUCAAGAAACUCUUGUCAACCUUUUAGCCCUAUUAGCUUCUAUCCUUUUUGUUCUGCCAUUACUUGAUAAUAAUAGGUUGAACAAACUCUGCAUAACUUGGAUAAGUUUUGUAUUCCUCAUCUCCUUUCAUUUAUAUGCUAAUUAUCGGGCCAUGAAGAAUAUAAACAUGGUGAAGGUCAAUGCUAGAAGAUACAAAAGCUUGGUGAUAGCCUUUUUGAGUCAGGUGGGUCUGGAGACAAGCCCAAAUAAAUUUUUUGAAAAGAUGAGAAAAUUUAGAAAUGAAAAAUAUCAUACUAUGUCUCCAAAAUUUAUAAACAAAUCUGAAAGUUUGUGGACUGGAAAUGAUAAUUUUGAAUAUCAUUAUUUAGCUAAAGAUGGUGGAAUCAAACUUUCAACAUUAGGUUGGGAACACUAUGUUAAGAUGGGUAUCAGAUUUUCUGAUGUUAUUACUGAACAAGAAUUUUCAAUAUGCAGUAAUAUUUAUGAUGUACUUAAACAUGCCACUCCUGAUGAAUUCACAGCUCAAAAUAUAGAACAUUCCCAUUACUUUAAUUAUGUUUUAGUUGCCAAACCUUUUAGGCAGUCUUGCUUAACCUUAAAUACCUUAGCAAUUUUAUCUUUAGUAAUUAGGCUAAUAUUUAUCCUUCCAUGUAUGUUAUUCUUUCAACCACUUCUCCAUAUAUACAAUGCAUAUUCAGCUUUGCAUUCCUCUGCCAAGGCUCGAGAUCAAUUAAUGGCGUUAUUUCAAACUGAAUGCUUUUAUUUCUUUAUGGCUCAAAAGGCUUUGAAAGGAGAAAAUGAUCCAGAACCCUCAACACACAAGAAUAACAUAAUCAAUGCCAUUAAAACAAGUGCUACAUUUACCCAAAAAUGUUUUGGCGAUUUUUAUGAUAUUUGUCAGGAGAAAUAUGGAUGGGAUUUUGAUACAGUUUUAUUCAAUUGUGGAGAGUGGAGGUUUCGAAUUCAAUGAAUGAAAUUUUAUAAAGAUUUUGCAAUUUUUUUUUAAUAUUA